CGAGGACAUCACCGCCCCAGCAUCUCGCCCACGACAUUCGCCAUACACUGUCCAUCCAAAGCAACCAAGCUGCUACGAUGGUGCGCGACGUCCAAGCGAGCAAAGCUAGCGAGCCAGUGGACCCACCGCCCGCGGAUGUCGCCGCAGGCGCACCAGCCGACGACUCGCUCCUCUCACUCGCCUCCUCUUCCUCAUCGCACCCCACAUUCGAUCAGCUCAACGCGCUUCUGCUCUCGCGGGGAUACCUGAACGAGCCGCUGAACGUCUCUCCGCUACCUACGCGCUCUCUGGAUGCGCUUUGCCAAGCUUUGCAUUCGCUGCUCGGUCAGAGAGCUGAAGAUGUGGACCUUAGAGACGCGCUAGCCGCACGAAAUCGAGCACUGAACAGUCGUGCAGAGAGAAUGGAGAGGGAGUUGCAAGAGGAGAGGGAGGCGAGACUGAGCGCUGAGCGCAAAAGCGAGCGCGAGCGGAGCAGAAACAAACACCUGGCAGACGAAGCCAAAGCGCUGGAAGCGAAUCUCAAGGCAGCGCAAUCCGAUUUGCAAUCCAGCCGACGCGCCCUGCAAACAGUCAAGGCGAGCGCGCACCAAUCCGCGCUGUCCAGCACUCGCCAAUCGACUCGUCAGCGCGCAGCCUACUCCGAAGCGACAGCUGCUACCACUCGAGGAUGCUUCCCAACCGCUCGUUGCGUGCCCUUUGCCUUUUUGGCAGACGACGCGCAUGGACCUUUCAAUCGCGCUGGAACGGGCGGCAUCGAAGCUGCGCUUAUGCGCGAAGCUGAAGAGAGAGCUUCCAGAUUGGCAGAUGAGAAUAUUCAAUACAAGGCCAUGCUCUUGGAUGCGGCAAACGAUGUCAAGGAGGCGGCGCGUCAAAUUGUCGCCUUGUUGCCUAUGGGCGGACAAGGGGACGCCUCCACAUCGCUGUCGUCUAGCAGCAGCUCGCUCUACGCUUCGCUGAACGAUCCGUGGACCAUGGAUCAACUCUUUGCCACCAGCAUGGCCAGUCCGACUCACGUCGACGUGCACAAGCGCUUGCGCGCCGUGCUCAGCACGCUCCAAGAAGGUACGAGCUCGCUUCGAGCGUCGCGCGUCGAAGAGUCGCUCAAGCACGCCAUGCGAAUCAAGGAUCUCGACGACGAGAUCUCUGCUCUCUCGUCUCGGCAAGAGCCGGACAAGGCGAGAGAAUUGGGAGAAGCUGCUGCCCAAGCGCACGCUUCUUCUAUCGGCUUUUACCACGCCAGACAAACACCUCGAGAAGAAAAGAGGGAGAUGGAGAGGAAGUUGUUGGAUGCGAUUACGCGAUUGGGACGCGCGGAAGAGCAAGUGUCGAUGCUGGAGCGCGAGAGGAGACGCUGGAAGGAUACGCUCAAGAGCGGGACCGGAGCUGACGAGCAGAUGGCAGAGGUCGCCAGACUCCGGCAACAAUCAGAGGCGCUCAAACUCGAGCUCGAGCAUGCUCGCUCGGUGAUCAAGGAAGCGCAAACGGCCAACGAUCGAGCUGUGGAAAAAAUGCGUCUGGAGAGGCUUUCAUGGGAAGAAGAGAGGAUGCGACACGCGCAAGCUGAACAACGAGGCGCGACGACAAGAGAUGAAUCUUUGGGCGUCAUCGCGGCUACGCAACGCGCAGCACCUAGCACGACUCGUCGCGCGAGCUUCUUUGGAGAUGCGAAGAAGCAAGACGGCGAUUCCAGCGCAGAGGCAAGCACUGUCGUCCUGCACAGUCUUGACGCGUCCGGGUCCAAGUCUACAUCGAGAUCAGAACCGAGCACCGCGCACGUGACGAGCGUUCGGCGAAGUUCUCGCGUAUCCGAAAAGAGCCGACAGGGCGAUUCGAGCGGCGAAACGGCGCGAACAGGGGCAAGUAGGCGAUCGGCAGCGACAGACGAUCAGAUCGUGGAAGCACAUCGCUCGCGUAGCUUAACCUCCCGCAUCAACGACGAUGCUUUCUCCUCCACGGAAAAAGAGCGUGGCACUACGUCCAACUCUUCCAGUAGGCGCAAGAGAGCCAAAGGGGCCGUGUCGGAGCAAGAAGCGUCCCCUUCUUAUUCUUCUCGCUCAGAGCUGGCACAAGUGUCGGUAGCGUUGACCGUCGAGCCGCAUAAUGGUUCGCGCGCGGUCGAAGAAGAGACAGGAGCAGCGACAGAUGGGCAACGAGGACGUCGUACUUCUCGCUCAUCGAACAAACGAGCGCGUCAAGAGGAGGUGGAGCAUGUGGGCUCGAACAAUCUCGACCCUGGCUCCAAUGUACCGUCCACUCUGAUUCCCAACGUUGAGCGCAACACCAAACGUACUCUCUCUGGUCGACGAGUCGUCUCUUCCACACCCUUGGUGGAUCGUUCGCUUCCGGAUGCGCUCACCGUACCAAACGUCCUUCUUCCCACCGCAUCUUCGCUCGGCAAGAGCAGCAAGUCGAACGGUGCGCCUUUCAGCUCCAGCUCCAAUUCGGACGAGCCGGGCAUCAAACGAGCACGCACAGCUUUAGUAGACGCUCCAGUCGGUACGCUCAACAGCUUGCCAGAGACGCGGGGGAAGGCUGGUCAAGCGCAUCCAAAGGUGCUUCCCAAGUCGAGGCAGCAGGCCAGCACGUCCGAGGGCCCUAGAGCGACGCGUCAGCCCAGUUGGGCAGAAAGACAAGCUUUGGCUAGAGAAAGGGUCAGGGCGAGAAAUGCCGGUGCCAGUGCGGCUACGGCGAGAAUGCCUUGAUCAGGCGGGUCCCACAGACUUGUGAUCCAGCACCGUCACAUACUCCUCUUCACUUUGCUCCCUCCUUGUACUUCGAUACGCACGCAAAUCACGCGGUGGAUCAAUGGCGAAUUGCAAUUGCACGUGGGCGCGCGCGCAGACGCAC